UUAAAUUCAUAUUUGGUCAAACCGAAAGCGGUCGAGUUACCUUGUCGCAUAUCCCUUCGGGAGCCCCCUUACUAAUAUAAGGACCUAAUAGCCUUGAACAAAAACAUCGAAUUUCAGUACAUAAACUACAUCAUAGCGGGCGGAUAAUCGCUAUUGGUACACAGCUACCUCAGUCCAUCGAACUUGAUUUUUCCUUGGAUAUCUACUCGAGAAAUUCUUCAGCAUUACAUCUAGUAGAGUUUAUAGACGUUUGGAUUCGAAUAUGGCAACGAAUGCAACUAUGGCAGAUUUGGCGAAACUUAUCUCUAAACUUGAAACAAAAACAACGUAUAUUAGCCAGAAUAACGACGUUUUCUUCCUUGUCACGAUGAGCAUUAUCAUUUACUUUAUGCAAUGUGGAUUUGCAUUCCUUGAAUGUGGAGCCGUUAGAAGCAAGAAUACGACCAACAUACUCAUCAAAAAUAUCCUAGAUUCUUUUGUGGGCGGAGUAGCUUACUGGACGAUUGGAUAUGCCUUUGCCUUUGGAAAGAGUGGGAAUGGUUUCAUCAGUUGGGAAUAUUUCGCAAGUCACAAUCUCGAAGGAGUUGCUCUAGCUAAUUGGUUUUUCCAUUUCGUGUUUGCUGCCACGGCAGCUACGAUAGUGAGCGGUGCCGUUGCCGAAAGAUGUGACUUUUUCGCCUACUUCUCUUACAGCUUUGUCAUAACAGGGUUUAUCUAUCCAAUUGCGGCACAUUGGGCAUGGUCGGGCGAUGGCUGGUUGGCCGCUGGUCUCAGUUACGAUGAAGUCAUUGAGGGAACAAAUAUAACAAUUUCCCAUAACAUUCCGUACCAGGAUUUUGCUGGUAGCGGCGUUGUCCAUCUACUAGGUGGCGCUGCAGCAUUGGUUGGGGCAGCAGUAAUGGGCCCGAGGAUAGGACGGUUUGAAGGGGGACCUGAAGGACAAUCCAUGAAAGGACAUUCUGUACCACUUGCUGCUAUGGGAGGUUUCAUUCUCUUCUUUGGAUUCUUCGCUUUCAACGGUGGGUCACAGGCCAGCAUUUCAGCAGAAGGUGACGGUGCCGCUGUGUGCCUUGCGAUGGUGAACACUAUAAUAUCUGCCAGUUUCGCUGCCUUGACGGCGUUGCUUCUCAGACGCACCCCUCUGUUCGGAGACAAUAAGUGGAGUAUACUCGUGACCAUCAAUGGAGCACUUACCGGAAUGGUGGCGAUUUGUUCUGGGUGCAAUAGCGUCUAUCCAUGGGGAGCGGCCAUCAUUGGUGUUAUAUCCGCCUUUACCUUCCUCGCCUGGAGUUACCUUGUUGCCAAAUUGAAAAUCGACGACCCAUUGGAUGCCGUUGCAGUGCACAUGGGAGGAGGUAUCUGGGGUUUAAUUGCUACACCCAUUCUGCGAAGACCUGAUGGCGUAGACACUACAGGAAUCGUCUUCAAUCCUGCUGGAAAAGAGCCCUGGAUGGGACUUGCCUGGAAUCUUGCUGGAUUGGUUAGUAUCGCAGUGUGGAGUCUCGGGUGCGCCGCAAUACUUUUCCUCAUUCUAAAGUUCUUCAAAGUGCUUAGAGUCCCUGCUGAGCUUGAGCUAAGAGGUCUCGAUAUCCCAAAACACGGAGAGCCUGCCUACCCUGCUGAAGCCUACGGUCACGGAUGGGACACAGACGGAGUUUCAAUUGAAAAGAUAGUCAAUGAAGCCAUGGUAAAACUAGGAAAGGACCCACAAGAUGAAACUGUUAGAGAUGUUAUUCAACUUGUCGGGCAAGCAAUUCAAUCACAAGGACAUUUUAUUACAGAAAAUCCCGAAGCUUACGCUAUAAUGUUACGUCAGAAACACGCCAAGGGCUUCCAGAUGCACCACAUGACGACACCAACUUUCAUACACGCCACACACGACGCAGAAGUCGGGUCUAGAGAAAUUAAAACGUGUCCUGGAGCCAAAGGAAUUACAGGCGGAUGUCCAGGAGGUGGAAUUAUAAAGCUGAAGUCGCUCAUCGUGGGAGCAAAUAUUAGAAGCCCCGAAGUGUCAUGUGGUCAAUUUAGACCAAAAGACUGUAGAGAUCUUAAACAUACGUUCAAAUUCUACACAUUUGUACAGUUUGAUGCUUCAAGAUUUGAUGAAAGUGUCGCAGUUCCUGGCUUUGAGAGCACUUGCUAUGACGAAAACCUAGUACAAAAUAAAUACAUUCAUCUUAAGUAUGCCUGUAUAACAGAUGCUAAUGGUGGGAGGAUCUCAGCAGAAUGUUACAACGGAGGACCUUCAUUACUUCAAUUAACAGAACCUCACAACGAAAUGACAGAAUCCAAGAACUCAACAAAAACAACAGCAACAACAACGCCAAUAACAACAAUAUUCCAAGGCAUCACUUCUAUCACAAAUGAAAUUGAAACGCCCGCGAAAUUUGAAAAUACAACAGCUAAUACUGCCCCUAGUAAAAACGAAAUUUCGGAACAAGACGCAGAAUUCACCACACAGUCCGGAGUCACAACAGAAAAUGUAACAAAUGGCAAUGGAACACUACAGGGAACGCUAAUGAGGGAGCAGUUUGUUGUUGAUGAAGCCGUUAUCAUUGGACCUGUCGUGGUAGCAAUCGUCAUCAUCCUCCUCAUACUCAUUAUAAUUUUCUUCGUAAAAAGGCGAAGAGGAAUGCAAUGUGUCUGCACACAAGUUCCAAAGUCGCACGAUAGUGAUGCUAUCGAGCUGGAAUCAACAACUAUAUCACACCCUGAUGGUGGCUUACAUAAUGCACCCGAUGCUGACAUAAAUGAAUCUAACCAAUCAUCAAACAAUAUGGAACAUGUAACAGAAAAUUACCAUAACGUUUAUGCAACUGCAGAUGAGUCACGUGUAAGACUUCCACCCGAAGGCAUGUCAAUUGAUGGUGAUUAUGAUGCAAUUGCAAUACAGGUUGAAAAUGAUAAGUUGAACAACCUCGUACCUUCAGUUGAUGAUUAUAAAUCCAAACGUAUCGAGCAGCACGGUGACACAAACAAAAUUAACCAUUUGAGCACACAAUCGGAUACCAACCCAAUAAACCAAAUUACUGCCAUUGAACCAGUAGUAAGAGACUCAGAAUGCUCUAAAACAAGUACAAAUGAUCUGUAUACGCAUGUAAAGAAGCAAGACAUCAAGUCCAAACAAAUAAAAACGGUUGAUACACAAGGCGAUAUUCCUAAAAAUCCUAAAGUACCAGAAAAAACUUGGGGUGACCAAACUUACAGUGACGUAACUCUAUCAAAGGGAAAUAUCAAUGGAGAGUUUGUAAGAGAAAGUCAAAUGGUAGAAAAUGAAAUUUACAAUGACUCUGUUAUUCCUCCAUGCUACCAAACAGAAAAUGCAUUGAGUAAGCAUAUUAAUCUCACACAUGAUGAAAACACGACUGUUCGAGAAAGUCAAAUGAUAGAGAACGAUUUAUACAAUGAUGUAAAUGUUGACAAUAAUAUUGAAAAAUUCCCUGGGUUAGGCACUUCUGUGGGUGAAGACAUCAAUGCCACAAAUGAAAGGGAUAUUCCUGUACGGGCGAAUCAAAUGAUUGAUAACGAUAUAUACAAUGACACUAGUACUAAGCAAAGUCAAGAUUUCGAAAAAACAAAAAUGAACGAAUCAAAAGAUACUAAAAUCCAACAAGAGAACCCUUUCAGUGUUCGAGAGAAUCAAAUGAUAGUGAAUGAUAUUUACAAUGAUUUAGAUUAUGACAUUGGUGCAAAGCACGAUAAACCAAGUAUGUCAGGAAUUGAUGACCUUAAAAGUGAGAACAAUGCUCCGGUCAGAAAGAGCCAGAUGAUAGUAAAUGAGAUAUACAAUGAUCUCAACUUUUAAACUGGUGAUCAUUAAAAAAGACGUUGGCCUUGGAAUAAGACAAGCCAAUAAUUUGGAUUAUUACCACCUUGCCGGGCCAGUUCUAGGGGUUUUAGUGCUAGUUUAGAAGGCGUUUAUUUUACUUUAUUAUGCACCUCAUUAAAAUACUCAAAUCUGAUUGGUUCUUAGUUGCUUGUAAUUUGGCAAUACUCUGCUCUUUUCUGAAAACUGCCGGAUAUUUUUUUAAUAUCUGACCC